AUGAAGUUGCUCAACCUUUUUGCCAUCAUUUUGGCAAGCAACACCGUGAAUUGCAAGGAUAAGGAUAACAGUCUUACAGCCCAGACAGCUACUGGCACCUUUACUGGACUAAUUGAUCCUGCCUUUCCCCACACUCGACAAUGGCGCUCUAUCCCCUUUGCUGAGCCACCUGUCUCGUCUCUUCGGUGGCUGCCACCGCAAAAGCUAUCACCAAAUCCGACGCGACAUAGACACUCUACCAAGUUUCCGCCAUCAUGCCCCCAAUUUGUAUCUGGUGUCGAGUCUUACUGGAACACACCUUUGACUAGAGGCAAUCUGAUCUAUAACGGCGCUCAGAAUGAUACCUCCGGUCUUGUGGGGGAAGCCACGUCAGAGGAUUGUCUUCAUCUGGCUAUAUGGAGCCCUUCCAGUGAACCACCUGAAGGAGGCUUUCCUGUUGCAUUUUUCAUGACUGGUGGUGGCUUCGUCCAGGGUGGUGUCGAUCUACCCUGGCAGAAUCCGGAGUCUUGGGUUGAGCGAUCUCAGUCUCACAUUGUCGUCAGUAUCAACUAUCGUGUUGGGAUUUUCGGCUUUCCCAAUGCCCGCGGGCUUGUCGAUGGUCAACAGAACUUGGGAAUCCUUGACCAGCGCGCUGCCCUCGAGUGGGUUCACGAGAACAUAGCUGCCUUUGGAGGAAAUCCUGAGCGCAUUACAAAUUGGGGCCGAUCAGCAGGCGGCAUGAGCGCUGAUAUACACGCCUUUGCAUGGCACGAAGAUCCCAUCGCCCAGGCAUAUUACGCAGAGUCCGGUGUUGCGAUGAGUAUCAACGCAGUGCUUCAAGUGAACGACUCGACAUAUUCCAACUUUAGCUUCGUUGCUCAGCAUGUUGGAUGCGAUGCUCCUUGUGGCACUGAUUGUAAUGACGAAGAUGGUCUGGCAGAGCUUGACUGCAUGCGCCAGGUCUCCAUGGCCCAAAUUGUGAACUUUGUCGGUCAAUAUGGAGACAGAGGGGAAACUCCACCGUUGAGCUUCAGUCUGAUUGUCGACGAUCAAGUAUUUUUCUCCGAUUAUCAUGCGCGAGCAAGAGCAGGCAAGAUCGCACGCCGUCCAAUCAUGCUUUCCAUGACAUCAAAUGAGUUCUCAAGUUUAAUGCCCUGGCCACUUGGGAACCUCACAGAAGGCCCAGACCAGAAUGUUGUCGACGCGGCUACGAUUCCGUUUGCUGUGUGUUCUGUGUUGAACACGACUACCUACAGAAACAAGCUGGACAUACCCGUCUUCAGGUUCCAGUACGCAGCCGAGUUUCCAAAUUUGAAUAAGUAUAAAUGGUUAGGCGCAUAUCAUAAUGCCGAAACACCUCUUAUCUUCGGAACUUAUGGGCUUCUGGAUCAUGUUGCGAACACGACACAGUAUCAAAUCGACGUAAGCCAUUCAAUGCAAGAUCACAUUCUUGCUUUUUUCAAGGAUCCAUACAACGGACCACAGGAGUUAGGAUGGAAACCUAUGACUACUAGCGAGAAAGAUGGCGGGUUUCUGUUGAGAUUCGGGGGCUCUAGUGGGAAGGUGGUUGAAGGCAUCCGCGGCGUCGAAGUUGAUGGGGUCUGCUCUGGAAUCGAUGAGUAUGUACCGUUUCCUUGA